AGGAAAUGGAUACAACCUAAAAAAAUACAAAUGCACUCGUAAAUCAAUAUUACAGAAUGUACAGCAUUACAACAGCCUGUAUUUUUUCAGUUGUUUCAGCAUGUUUGCAGUUGGAUUUCAGCAUACACAAAUGCACUAGACAUGCAACUACAAGUCCCAUGAUGCGCUUGCUUGUUUCCUUAGAAACAAAUGGUAACUUUAGCAAACCCAAAAGGGAACUUUCUACAGUAAAUCAUCCGUCGUAACGUGAAACUAUAGAAAACAUCCACUAAAAGUUACCUCACAUUCUUGGUUGGAGAGGCAUUCACAGGUGAGACCAUGUGUGGAGCUCCAGUGGAUUUAUCUUUUAAAAAUUUCAGCAGGUUGACAGAUGCGUUGACAGAGGAGCCCACCAGAGGUCUACGUCCGUUAAAGCGAAAUUCAAAGAGUAAAUACCUCAGCUGUUCCCUGCGUCUCAAUAAUAACAACAUUACUGACCUGUAUGACCUUCAGAAGACUGUGAGCCACUUCCUGUCUAAGCCUUCACAUCUUGCCUGGCUGGACCUGUCCUUCAACAAACUCACACACAUAGACCAGGUUUUGUGUGAGCUGCAUGCAUUGCGUGUAUUGUACCUUCAUGGAAACAGCAUUUCUAUCCUGUCCGAGGUGGACAGGUUAACCGUACUGCCUCAUCUUCACUCCAUCACUCUUCAUGGAAAUCCAGUAGAAACCAACAAAACUUACAGAUAUCAUGUGAUUUCUGUUUUGCCUCGGCUGAAAACAAUGGAUUUCAGUGCUGUGACACGACAGGAGCAUGUCAUGGCAAACAUCUGGCAUCGAGGCAACACUUGCAGCAGGGGCAGAAAGGAAAAGUCUCCUGUGACUGCUGGCCCUUCUUUCCUGUAACUUAAUGAAAACAAAUAUGUGUAUAUAUGUUCACUAUUUGAAGUAAGAUUUAGCUAGGUUCUUUAAGUCUGUUUGUUGUUCCUUGCCCGAGGACCAGGCUGGAACUGACACACUUUAUGCUUGCAUGUUAUUGCUGUGAAACCAUCAGUUUGAGUCCAGUUAAUAGCUCAGUUUAGCCUCAUGCUUGUAGAACUGGUGAUAACUGAAAAUAUGGAUGCAUUUACAGAUUUAGAUUUCAAGACAGCUUAGAGCUUUGUAAUUUCCUAAACUGUGAUUAAGUGAUAGGGAUGCACAUUAAAGUAAAUCACUAACAUGCUUGAAUAUAUGUGAAACAUUUCAAUAGACUGUCUUGUUAUAACAAAGUUGGAUAAGUCAUUAUUGUCACAGGCCGUCUCUGUAACACCACUGAGUAAACUAGUUCUAA